AUGACAAGACCAAGAGGUGGUGCAUCUACUAAAGAGGAUGAUAAUGAACAACAACAACAACAGCAACAGGAAGAAUCAAUAAUAAACACAAAUAUAACACCAAGUAGACCAAAGAGAACUACACAGCUACCUGCUUCACAAAAGGAUUACGUAAUGUUUCCUACUUCAAAUAGAAGAGCAUCUGCUAAUAGCAGCAACAAUGGUGGUGGUAGUGAAGACGGUGGAAAUCAAAAUGGUAGCAGCAGCAGCAGUAAUGGCAAUGGUAACAUAGUCAUACCAAAGCGAGUUAUUGUUAUAGCACCGGGAGGAAAUAAUAGCAACAACAGUACACCAGACGAAAAGAAGAGAAAGUCGACUGAGGAUUCCUCACCUGGCAACAACACAACUGCUUCUCCUUCCGCUACCACUCCAAAGCGACAAAAGAAUGGCAACACUCCCAUCACUCCUAUUAGCACAAAGCGAAGAUCCAUUGAGAAAGCAGCGACUAACAACAACAACGACGAUGAACAUCAGGUGUCGGUACAUGACGAAGACGGUACAGAGACAACAACUACCUCGGUUGUCACACCAAAGAGUAAUCUUAAACUAACCAUAAAGUUAAAUCCAUCAGCUGCUACAUCAACAACGACAACGACUACAACUGCUGCUGCUAAAACAAAGGUUGAUCUACCAAGUUCACCACCUCCUAUGCCAACUUCUACUCCGACAGCCAAGCGUAGAGGUCGUAAACCAAAGGUUGUCGUGCAACAAGAGAAAGAGGACGAUGAGGAUGACGAGACAGAAGACGAGGAGGAGGAAGAAGAGGAGGAAGAAGAACAACGUCCAACACCAAAGCGACUCUCCAUAAAGAUCAAGAUGGGCGAACAACAACAGCAACAACAGCAGACAAAGUCAACACCAACCAAAGGAGCAACUCCAAAGGUUUCAAACGCACCUUUUGUCGACCCCGCAACAGUGACACCGGAGCAACUUACCCACAUGAAAAAGACAUUCUCUACCAUAUUGACACAGCUCGUAAAGAAAGAUCUUCAAGGAUACUUUAUGGAGCCGGUAACAGAAACUAUUGCACCGAACUACUUUACACACAUCAAGGAGCCAAUGGAUUUCCAAACGAUGAAAGAAAAGAAUCAAAGCUCACAAUAUCUCUCCAUUGAGCAGUUCCUCUAUGAUUUCACAUUGAUCUGUGAGAAUUGUAUGACCUACAACGAUACAGAGUCGUCGUUCUACAAAGAAGCAAAGAAGCUGCUAUCGGUUGGUAAAUCUAUGAUCCUCUCUUACACCUCCAAAGUACAUCCCGAUCGUCUUGAAUCCGAUAUCGCCACACCCACCAAGCAGCCAUUGCUCACCGGACCGGUCACAGCUACACCCUCUGCCUCCACAUUGCGUGAGCGCGAGCGUCGUCUACGUGGAGCCGUAGUCGAUGAAGUUCCUUCGCCAGCGUCAGCAGCAGCAGCACCAACACAAACCUCAGCAAUUGAACCAACGGCGACAUUAGCAGCAGCGGACAAGCAUCACUACACACAUACUCCAAGUCGUCGUCUGCAGCAACGCGAACGUGAAAAAGAGCGCGCCGAAGAGCACAAGGAAGAGCUCCCAAAGGCAUUGUCAGUGGCCGCUCCCAACUCCAAGGUUGCACCCGUCACCAGAACCAAGAGAAAGCCUGGCGCACCUGGAUCCACCCAGUCAACACCAAUUAUCCGUCCACAAUUCGUACCGACUCCAUCCACUCCAAAUGUCACUGCUGUUUCCAUGUUCCCUCCACCUGCUGUCACCCCAUUUGUCAUGCCACAAGUCGUUGCCGCGCCAACUGCAGUCGCCAUGCCUACUCAACAGCCAGUGGUAGUCGAUCACUCAAUGGUAGCAAUGACAGUCGAUCAAUAUACAUCUGCACCACAAUCCACCAAUAUCUCACUUCCAAAGCGUAAGUAUGUCAAGAUUGGAGGUGAGAUGAAUGCCAGACCACAGACCAUUCCUCCAGCAUUGAAGAUCUCUCACACACUGACCAAGAAGAUCUCAGAGGGUGACAAUAUCAUGGUGGCACCAUUCAACAUCAACUCGGCACACACCUACAGCAUGUAUAUUCCAAAGGAUCAGCAGCACGACCUUUCCAAUGGCAGCUACCAGAUCAUCGGUAACUUUAGUCUACCAAAGUUCCUCGAGAAAACAGUCAACUUUGAAGAACAGAAACUAAAACAACUUCAGCUACAGCAUCAGAUGCUUCUACAGCAACAACAACAGUUGAUUCAACAACACCAACUUUUACAACAACAGCAACCUGUAGUAUCUAUUGCCAAGCCAAUAGAGAAUUCUCAUGAAUCAACAGCAUCAGAGGAAGGAAGCAAUGAAGAUCAACCAAUGUCAGAUGUCAACACCACAACUGAAUCAACCACAACUGUUUCAACAGACAGCAUGCAUCCAGCAGUUCCAGAGGCAGGCGCUUUGGUUGCUCAAGCACCAAUGUCACCAUCUUCACAGAUUCUGGCAAAUAAUAUUGCUGGAUCUAACCUUUCAGGAGGUGGAGCAGGAGUCGCAAUCCAGAUCGACGAUAAGAUAAAGUCACACACCGAGCAACAGAUUCGUAAGAACUUGCUCAACCGAAUCAAAGACUCUACUGACUACGAGGUUCCCUCUACCAUCGAUGACAUUGACAGUUUGAAACAACAGCUAACCGAAUCACUUGGAGGCGUUGACCUCUCGUUUUUAGAUCAAAUUAAAUUGGAUCAACAACAACAACCAUCUUCACCACUUGUAAUUAAUAACAAUAACAAUAGCAAUAAUAAUAGUAAUUUAGAUGUUGAAAUGACACCAACAACACCACCAGCCACUUCAACUACCACUACCACCACCACAGAAAACACUACCAUUGAAUUCGCCAAGAGCAAUACUACCACCACAACAACCACAACAAAGUCCACCUCGAAAUCGAUUCAAGAGAGUCUCGAAGAUGGAUUUGAACAACUCUGUAAACUCCAGUUGACACAAUAUAUGAGAGGUGUGCCAACCCCAACCGGCACCGAACUUCAAUCGGCUUCACUACUACAUACAGCGAUUGGAAAGCUCGGUGUGUCACUCCCUCCAUCCAUGUAUAUCAAAUCACGUGAAGCCAUCAGAAAGAGCAUUAUCAAGAGUGGACUUCAAGUGGGUGCAGGUAGACAACCAAGACCCAAUUUUCAUAAAAAAGAUAUUCUCUCACCAACUUCCACCGCCGCCACCACCACCACAGCAACAACUAUUCGCUCACCUGAAACAGAGGUAACAACAGAACAAUCAUAA